AUGGCGGCCAAGUUCCACGGUCGUACUGGGACACUUGUCAGUCUCAGUAAUGGGAACAGAACUGCUCAGCGCAACUGUCCAACGCAAGAAUUUAACAAUGGGGUUGUUCUUAGCUCUGAUGCGCUGCGAGAUAACCAGAUAUUUGAAGUUCACAUUGACAAGAAGGUUAAUUCAUGGAGUGGAUCCAUAGAGAUUGGUGUCACAACAUGUGACCCCAACAAUCUGAACUUCCCUACAAGCGCCACAGGAUUUCGAGAGGGAACAUGGGUGAUGUCUGGCAGUUCAAUCCUGAAGGACGGUCAUGCGAUGAUCGAAGAGUAUGGGCGGGACCUGGACCAACUGGAUGAAGGGGACAGGAUCGGAGUGAUGAGGAAUUCCGCCGGUGUCCUGCACUUCUUCGUGAAUGGUGUUGAUCAGGGCCCUGCAGCCACAGGCCUUCCGCCAACUGUGUAUGCUGUGGUAGACAUGUAUGGCAAGUGUGCUCAAGUCACAAUAGUGGACCAGGAUAGUAACAGAGACAUGGCUGCACAGGCUGUGAUCAGUAAUGGAGUAGCAGCUGAAUUUCUCACAGAGUUAUCCAAUCAGCUCUCUAGUGACUUGACCAAUCAGUUGUCAAAUGAAUUAUCCAAUGAACUGAUAGCUGCUGUAGAACAGCAGAUCCUUUAUUCCAAUGAGAGUCUGGUUUUCCAUGAGAAAUGUGGCAGCCUAAUAAAACUUAGCAACAGUCGGCGAACUGCUGAACGGAGACGACCACUUGAUGAGUUCAACAAUGGUGUUGUCAUGACUAACAGACCACUUCGAAAUGAUGAAUUAUUUGAGAUUCGUCUGGACCGUUUAGUGGACAAGUGGUCUGGCUCUAUAGAAAUGGGUAUUACUACCCAUAAUCCUUCAGUGCUGGAUUUUCCCGCAACCAUGACCAAUAUGAGAUCAGGCAUCACAAAUGGUACAAUUAUGAUGAGCGGCUGUGGUAUUUUGACCAAUGGGAAAGGAUCAAGGCGAGAAUAUGGAGAAUAUAAUUUAGAUGAACUCACAGAAAAUGACCGUAUUGGGUUGGUGAGGAAGAGCAAUGGGUCAUUACAUUACUACAUCAAUGGCAUUGACCAGGGUGUGGCUGCCACGAACACGCCCUCACCAAUCUGGGGAGUCGUUGACCUCUACGGAAUGGCAGUCAAGGUCACCAUCAUCGAGCGGAGUGAUCCAGAAUACCAGGAAGUUGAAGGAGCCCGAUCGGAGGUCAGGGCAAAUAGAAGUUUCUGGCAGUUCUCUGAGAUGUUUGAAGAUAAUGCUCUGGAUGUUACUGAGGACGACGUGUCUAGACUGACCUUUCAUCCUCGCUGUGGAUCUCAUGUGUCCGUCAUCAAUGGACAUCGAACAGCGCACAGACCAAAUGCUUUCGAUGAUUUCAACAACGGGGUUGUGUUGACCAGUCGUGUUUUGCGCCCUACUGAGCUAUUUGAAGUGAGAAUUGAUCGAAUGGUCAACAAGUGGGCGGGUUCCAUUGAAAUCGGAGUGACAACCCACUUACCAACGGACCUUAAAUUCCCAUGCACAAUGACCAACAUUUUCUCGGGAACAUGGAUGAUGACGGGCAAUGGUAUCAUGCACAAUGGAACGACAGUGCUAGAGGACUAUGGUCAGAAUCUAGAUAGCUUAGAGGUUGGUGACCGUGUGGCUGUGAUGAGGAAGGGGGACGGAACUCUGCAUUUCUAUGUGAACAGUAUAGACCAGGGCCCAGCUGCCAGCAAUGUACCGGCUAAUGUGUACGGUGUGAUAGACCUCUACGGUCAGGCAGCACAGGCCACUAUUUGUGAUAUGUCUGACACACUGAGUUCUCCUGAGCUUGAUUCCAGUCUCCUGCUGGAUUCGGACAUUCGCUUUCAUAACCUCCAUGGCCAGAAUGCCGCCAUCGUCAACGGAGGGAAAACAGCAGCUCGACCAAACGCUCGCGGGGAGUUUAACGAUGCUAUUGUGAUGACGACUCGUCCUCUGCGGGACAAUGAACUGUUUGAAGUGACCGUGGACAAGAUGGUUGACAGGUGGUCUGGGUCAAUAGAAGCAGGUGUGACGCUGAUUAAACCUGAAGAACUGGAAUUCCCCAAUACAAUGACGGAUAUAGAUUAUGACACCUGGAUGCUCAGCGGUUCAGCAAUCAUGCAGGAUGGGGCCACAGUCCAGACUGGUUACACGUUAGACCUGGAUACCCUGGUGGUAGGGGACAGGAUAGGCAUGAUGAGGUGUUCUGAUGCUACUCUGCACUAUUACUACAAUGGCCAGGAUAUGGGGGUGGCCUGUAGUGACAUAUCCAGUGGUGUGUAUGCUGUGAUAGACCUUUAUGGUCAGUGUGCUCAAGUGACCAUCACCAGUGGCUUGUGUGUUGUACCCUCAGAAAACCUGCCUUGUAGCCUGGAACCAGAGCAGUCCUUCAACUCUCCAAUCUGUACAGAAGCUAGUCAUCGUUUCAGUCUGUGUUGUGGUAAGAAUGUUACCCUGAAGAACAACAACAGCACGGCCUGCAGGGUGAGGAAUUUCAAUCAUGGGAUAGUCUUCAGUGCUGAACCACUUAAACAAGAGGAACUUUUCGAGGUACGCAUUGAUCAGCUCUCCCCGGCCUGGUCAGGGUCUCUAGUGGUUGGCCUCACCACCAUGGCAAUCUCUGACACCACACCCUUGUCCCUUAUCCCGGCGACAGCUCAUGACCUCAACACAAAGGUCACAUGGAUUGUUUCUGGGUCAGAGGUGAUGAAAAAUGGUGUUGUGAUAAAGGAGAACUACGCUCCAUCCUUGGAGAGACUCCAGGUGGGAAGUAAGGUGGGAUUGAAGCGAUGCUCUGAUGGCACCAUGCACGUCUAUGUGAAUGGUGAGGACGUGGGAACGGCUGCCUCCAACAUACCAAAGAAUGUGUUUGCGGUGGUUGAUCUGUACGGCCGUGUCGACACAGUGACAGUAACCAGCAAUGUGGUCACUGAAGCGGCACCCCUUUCAUCACGACUCACAUUUGAGGAGUACAUGCGGGACAAGGUGGACUUUCAUUUACAGCCUGACCUUGACCAGGAUCAGGAUACUGCUGAGGAUAUCACAGUAGAGUUCAACAACAACCAUGGCAAAAACAUACGGCUGAGUCAGCGGAACUUGCGGGCGUGUCGAGCAGCCAGCUAUAACCAAGGGCUGGUCGUUAGUCGUAAGCCCCUUCCACGGACUGAGCUUUUCCAGGUGAGGAUUGAACAGCUGAACUUACGCUGGAGCUCUUCGCUGAUGCUAGGGGUUCUGGGAUUCAACCCAGAGAAAUUCCCACUCCCUGCCUCAGCUAUGGCCAUAAGGAAAUCCUGUGUUGUUAUUCAAGGGGAUGCUGUGUUCAAUUGUGGGGCCAAGAUCCGAGAGCGAUACGGGCCUAACCUGGACACCCUGCAGACUGGCCACACGGUGGGGCUGCUGAUUGAUGAGGACAACUGUCUACACCUUCAUGUGAACGGCAUCGACCAUGGUGUGGCCACCAGAGACAUUCCCCACCCUUCCUAUGUGUUUGUAGACCUCUACGGACAGUGUGAACAGGUGACAAUUGUCGCUAACACAGCCAGCUGUUUACCGCCUCCCCCAAUUACAGAGUACAGAGAGAAAGCUAACCUAGAGGAAGGUAUGAAGGAGAAGUCUGUGGGUCUGGGGCCAAGUCGACCGGGACCAGUAGAAACCAGACAUGUCAGAAACUGUGAAUACUUCAACAUGUGUCAGCGCUUCAAGGCCACGCUAGGAUUGCCAGAUGGAUAUUUCGAAUCUUCAUUAAAUAUUUGCUACUGUGAAACUUGUCACAAGUUGAGAGGUGAUGAUCUCUAUGGUCGCCGCGGUGACCCACCAAAGGAGUACGCUGUUCCGCAUGGAUGGUCACGCUUUUCUGUCAGAGUGUCCUCUAAAGCACAUAUGUUGAAUGUGUCAGAAAAGUGGCAUGUCUCAUUCCAUGGAACAAGGGCGGAAGCCUUGAGGAAUAUUCUAGACCGUGGAGACCUGUUAAUUCCAGGAGACAUGAUGAUGGGCAGUAGUGUGUUAUCUCCCUUGCCUGACCAUUUUUCAGACCGAGGCAAACCGGAUGGCUGUGAUAUAAAGCAAAUCUUCCUUUCACCAACCAUAAAAUAUGGUGGAUCCAACACGUUUGCACCCAAGUGCAAAUUUGUGGAUCCCAAGACCAAAAAGAUGUACCAUUGUAGAGUGGCAUUCCAGGUGUGGGUGAAGCCAGGCUCCUAUAAGAUAGGACCCCAGAGUAUUGGGGCCAAUGAACAGAUAGACCCCCGCUUCAGUAACAAUGAGCUAGAGUGGGCCACCAAAGAGAGGGGGUCAAUAAUGCUAUGUGGACUUCUGAUCAAAGUGGAGUGAAACAGACAGGGAUGUGUCAGAUCAUGUCUCAGAACUGUAAAGGAUGUGUGACCACCAUAGAUGUUACCUGUAGCAUCUUUGAUCACUGGUCACUACACAGAAUCGUUGUCACAAACUAGCCCCCAGCAUUAUACGUACAGUUCACAUGCUACAGUUUCUCCUCAUAGUGAAGCCUAUGGUGGUCUGCACCUGAAGUAUGAGAUGUUGUUGUGUUAUUUUCCAGUAUUCACAUGCAUGUUUGCACUUGUACAUGAAAAUAUUUGUGGCAUAUCUGUCUCCUUAUGCCACAUGACUGAUAUUGUGUGAUAACUCUGUUGAGCUGACAUACUAGUUUCAGAUUGAGAUUCCAAAACAUUGAUGAGGCAUGUACUUGUAUAUUAGACUGUACUGACAAUAUUUGAACACUCACAAAACUCUCUCAUGACUACACUUUACGACAGGGUGCUGUGUGAUGUCAGACACCAGUGGUAAGAUUUAUCAGUGAGACAGUACUGUAAAGAUGACACUAGAGCUACCUGUCACAUCGCAGUGGCCAGGUGUCAGUAGUUUACGACAGGGUGCUUUGUGAUGUCAGACACCAGUGGUAAGAUUUAUCAGUGAGACAGUACUGUAAAGAUGACACUAGAGCUACCUGUCACAUCACAGUGGCCAGGUGUCAGUAGUUUACGACAGGGUGCUGUGUGAUGUCAGACACCAGUGGUAAGAUUUAUCAGUGAGACAGUACUGUAAAGAUUGCUCUAGAACUACCUGUCACAUCAGACACUCCAGGUGUCAGUAUUCUGUGACAAGGUACUGUGGGAUGUCUGACACCAGUGGUAAGAUUUAUCAGUGAGACAGUACUGUAAAGAUGACACUAGAGCUACCUGUCACAUCACAGUGGCCAGGUGUCAGUAGUUUACGACAGGGUGCUGUGGGAUGUCUGACACCAGUGGUAAGAUUUAUCAGUGAGACAGUACUGUAAAGAUUGCUCUAGAACUACCUGUCACAUCAGACGCUCCAGGUGUCAGUAUUCUGUGACAAGGUACUGUGGGAUGUCUGACACCAGUGGUAAGAUUUAUCAGUGAGACAGUACUGUAAAGAUUGCUCUAGAACUACCUGUCACAUCAGACGCUCCAGGCGUUAGUAUUCUGUGACAAGGUACUGUGGGAUGUCUGACACCAGUGGUAAGAUUUAUCAGUGAGACAGUACUGUAAAGAUUGCUCUAGAACUACCUGUCACAUCAGACGCUCCAGGCGUCAGUAUUCUGUGACAAGGUACUGUGGGAUGUCUGACACCAGUGGUAAGAUGACACUAGAACUACCUGUCACAUCAGACGCUCCAGGUGUCAGUAUUCUGUGACAAGGUACUGUGGGAUGUCUGACACCAGUGGUAAGAUGACACUAGAACUACCUGUCAC